AUGAUCGAAUUACAUGAUUUAUGUCCUGAUGAAUCACUUGAUAGUACGUCUUCGUCGAAUACUGAUCAUUCAUCUUCAAUUAUUGCUUCAUCUCUUGGUCAAUGCUCAUCGAGUAAUAUUAAAUAUAAUCCGUUAAAUAUAAAAUUAUUUUUAAAAGAACAACCAGAAAAAUACUUGCUUGUCGACAAUCACAAAGUGAAUAAUUCAAAACCAUCUCCCUGUUGGAAUCGAUUUGCCCUUCCUGCUGUAAAAAUUGAAAAUAAUCGUAAUGUUGUUAUUAAAAAUUUUGCAACGUGUCGAUCUUGUUAUGCAACUUAUGUAUAUACAUAUGGAUCAACCAAAUCAUUAAAUUCUCACAAAUGUACCAAAGAAUCAUCAUCAACAUCUACAUCACCUAGUACUAAAUCACCAUCUUUGAAUUUUAAAAUAAAUCGAUCUUUUUCUGAAAAAAAAAAGACGUUAACAUCAUUAGUUGCACUAUGGGUAUGUCAAAGUAUACGUCCUAUAAGUAUUGUUGAAGAUGAAGGUUUUCUAAAUAUUAUCAAACAAUGUGUUAGUUGGAAUGGUGGUCCAUUUAAUAAUAUAAAUGGUAAUGAUAUAUUACCAUCAAGAUCGACAAUCACAAGAGAAAUUAAUCGACAAGCAAAUGAUAUUCGUGAACGUCUAGGUGUUGUAUUGAGAAAAGCAGCUAAACAAGAAUGUUUAGCUAUAAGUCCAGAUUUAUGGAGUGAUAAAUUCAAACAAAACAGCUAUCUUGGACUAACUGCUCAUUUUGUUGACGAUCAGCAUAUUUUACAUUCUAUUGAUCUUUGUUGUGAACCAUAUAAUGAAUUAGAUAAAACAGCAGGGAACGUAUUAAAGUCAAUUACGGCUGCUCUUUCUCGUUUUGGACUUGAUCAAUUAAUGAAUGAAAUAAUUUUUGUUUGUGAUCGUGGUAGUAAUCUAUUAAAAGCAUUAGAAGAUUAUCAAGUGGUUCAUUGUUUUCCUCAUAGACUGAAUAAUAUAAAUCGAAAUGAUGAUCAAUCCAAUUGGAAUAAUUCAAAUGAUGAUGAUAAUGACUCUCUUAUGUAUUAUGAUGAUAGAGAUUCAAGUGAAAGUGAAUCUGAUGAUGAUAUUGUUCUUGAUGAGAAAUUUGUUGAAUUAGCUUUGAGAAGUUUAUCAUCAUCACCAGCAGAACGUGAUCAUAUUAAUGUCUUAGAAGAAAAUCUACCACCUUAUGCUGCUCAAAUACUAGCAACAAUAGUUCGUUGUAAACAAUUAUGUUGCUAUGUAAAAAGGGUUAAUUGGAAUCCUAUGCUGGAAGCAUUAAAAAA